UUCAAAGCAAAGAGGAAAGCCUGGGAAUUAAUAGAUCAGGCAAGGUGUAAAAUGUAUGGAAUUGUUUGAACUUUUGGAGUGGGUUUACCGUUGUGGACUUUAAAAAGAGAUCAGCAGUUGAAGGUUGUGUCAGCUUCACAGUCGUCAAAGCCAAAGUGAGAUUCUUCCGAGGCUUUAACGAUGGCCUCCAACAUUACCACCACUAUCUCUCAGCAGCCCCCCUCUGCCUCAAGUUCUCUGGGCAUCAGCACCCAGGUCGGCAUCGCCAUCCUGACCCUGGCGUUUGUGCUGGGCUUCCCCGGGAACCUGUUUGUGGUUUGGACGGUGAUCUGCCGGGUGAGGAAGCGCUCAGUGACCUGUUUGUUGGUGCUGAAUCUGGGUCUGGCGGAUGCUUUCGUGCUGCUCGGCGCCCCUUUUUUCCUGCGCUACCUGGCUGGAGGCCAGGGCUGGGAGUUUGGUUCGGCAGCAUGCAAGCUGGUGCAUUACCUGUCAAGUGUGAACAUGUACGUGUCCAUUUACCUCAUCUGCCUGAUGAGCAUGGACCGCUGGCUGGCCGUAUCGAGGCCUUUUCUGUCCCAGAGAAUGAGAACCAAGCGCUCCCUGCUGGUUCUCCUGCUGGUAGUGUGGGUGUCAGCGUUCAUCCUGUCACUGCCGAUGCCUUUCUACCGCAGUAAUCUGAAGAAUCCAAAAGCAAACAAUUCCAUUUACCAUUGUAUUCCGUACCACUGGAACAGCGUGGGUCACAAGGUCUUCCAGUACACGUUUGAGACCACCAUGGCCUGCAUUGUGCCUUUCACGCUCAUCAACAGCUGCUACUCCUCCCUCAUCUGCCGUCUGAAAAACGCUAAGUUCCAGCGCAGAGGACGAGGCAGCCGCCUCAUCCUGAUGAUUAUCUGUGCCUUUGCAAUAUUCUGGCUGCCCUAUCACAUCGUCAACGUCAUAGAGGUGAUCGGUCUGUUGUGGGACAAAAAAUCAGUGCUUAAGGCUGCCGGUAUAGCUCGUCCAAAUGUCACAGCCUUUGCGUACUUCAGCAGUGCCGUCAACCCCAUUCUUUACGUGUUCGCCGGCAGCUCCCACAUCCGCCAGGCCGGCCUCAGCUUCAUGGGCAAGCUCUUCGAGGGCACCAACUCUGAGAGCAGGACCACGUCUAUCUUCACCCGUAGCAGCCGCACCAACUCUUCACCGGAUGAGAGUUCUGUCCUGCAAUCGCUGUCCACCAAACUGGGACGAUCUUUGAAAGGGAAGAACAAGGACAAUGUGGCGGACAAAGAAGUCAACGAGCCUGAACUCAGGACUCUGAACAGCUAAUUCAUUGAUUAGAGAAAGACUGUGUUGACUCGUAAUUUGUAUUAUUGAUGUUUUUCCUUUACAUAACCUUUAUACCAUGAAUUAUUUAAAACAGCUAUUGGAUGGAUUUCCAUGACAUUUGGUACAAAGACUCUUGGUCGCCAUAAGAUCAAUCCUGAUGACUUUUGGUUUUCAAUUAUCCAAUGAAAUAGCUCAACGAACAUUUGAUGGAUUGGCGCAUAAUUUAGUACACACAUUCACGGCCCCCAGAUGAUGAAUCCUAAUGACUUGGUACACACAUUAACGUUCAUGUGUGCAAAACUAAUGACAUUCCCCAUCAGCCUCAGCUGUACUUUGUGUUUAGUGAGCAUUUAGCCGCACUGUCCCCAAGUAUAGCCUCACAGCGCAUGGCAUUGUAGAAGAAAGGAUGACCCAAAAAAAAGAAGAAAAGAAACCAUUUUGUUUUGUAUGGAAAUGACUUUAUAUGCAUAAUAAUAAUAAAUAUAUAUAUUUAGCUAGUGAAAUGAUCACAUAUAGGGCUAUUUUCUUUUGCAUUUAGUAAUAAUGUGUAUGUUAAUUUGUAUUUAAAUUUUGUAUUUGUUUUAACAACUUAAUAAAGCUUUUUUAAUAUUGCA